CAGUUGCCUCUUUCCACAGCUCUUUCUUGAAUGGAACUGUGGAGGGCACUUCCUGUAACCUUAGUAUACUGAGAUUCUCAAGGAGACCAAGUUUUCAGGAGAGAAAUGGAGGCUGGACCAUCAUUUUGUGGUGAAGAAGUGGAGAACCAGAAGGUGGCAGAAGACAAGGGAGAUAGCUUGGAGGAGGAUGAGCAUCAAGAAAGCAUCACAAGCUUUACCCUUGGUCCUUUGCUUUCUCUUAAAGACCAAAUUGAGAAAGACAAGGAGAAUGAGAGUCUGAGGAGGUGGAAAGAAAAGCUGCUGGGAUGUCUGGAAAGUGACUUGAAUGGUUUGUAUCUAAGGGUCUGAAUCUCAUAUUUUACAAAUUUGG